AUGUUGAUAAACUGCUUAAGGGACGCUCUAAUAACAGAAGAAAUUGAUCCCGGUGAUAAUUGUCACGCACGUGAUGCACGUGUUAACUGCGAUGCACAUGUUAACGUAAAAAAAAGUAGUUAUUGUGACGAUGAGGUUUUAGAAAAUAUCGGAAAAGUUGGCAGUGACAAAGACAUUGAAACUUUUGAUUAUGCAUUGCAAACUGGCUUGGAUCUCGUCUGGAUCGAUGAGCCAGUGUUGAAAAAGGGCAACAACAACAGCAGCAACAACAACAAUUUUUUCAAAGAUAAUCAAAACUUAUUUACUAACAUUUAUGGAACGGGUGAAACAGAUCAUGGAUUCAACAACUUUAGCAAUCUUGAGCAUGUCAGCUUUCAUGAAUGUUUAAAGAAAAUAGAAAAUUGUCGGGUCAUAAUAUAUGACAUUACAUCAGAAAAGAAACAGUCACUAGAAGCAUUAUCUGUUCAUAAAUGUAAGUUUUUGUUGCCUCACUAA